AUGGAGCAAAACACCUUUUCAAAUAUCCUUAUUUUAUGUAUGGUGUACUGUGGGCACACAUAUGUAAUUGCAGAUUUGCUAUCAAUUACUCAUGUGGUUGUUGUAAUUGUGAGAAAUAGGAAAGCAGAAGGAACAUAUACAAUGCCAAGAGAAGUACUAAAAUGUUCGAGCCAAGAAUGUCUUCUCUGUUUCACAUAUGAAUUGUUAACACAUUAUAGCUUUGCCCAGCAUGCUGAACAACAUGGGUGCAGUAAGACAGAAAAUGAAUUGCAAUUUACAAAGGCCACAACCACACCCACAAUAAACAAACUUUUUGCAUCCAUCUUCUACAAGCAGAUUUAUCUAGGAGAAGAUUUGCAAGAAAAGGGCCCACACUCUGAGCUUGUCAGAGAUGUAUCCUGUUCACAAUUUGGCUGUAGCAGAUAUAAAAAGUACAAGACUGACACAGAUAACCAAUUUCAUGCAGAAAAUGGUGCUUCCACUACAUCUGAAGAGGAGAGUGAAUCAGAGUCAGACUGCUGUGAAGGUAUCCGUGAAAAAAAAUCUCUGGUGGACAGAAGUGUUAUGUAUCAUGUACAAAAGUUAGUUCGUUGGAGAGGAGAAAGUGUUGGAGAGUCGUGGCCUUACAAGUAUUACAGGUCUGCUGUUAUUGAUGGUGAAGUGAUCUGUGUAAAUGACUGUGUCCUGGUCAGUUCCAACCUCCCAGGUACUCUAUUUCUAAUAGCAAAGAUACGGUACAUGUGGGAGGACGAACUGCGAGUUAAAUGGUUCCAUGCAACAUGGUUUUGCCGAGGAAUGGACACAAUUGUUGGAAGAGCUGCUGACCCUCUUGAACUUUUUGCAGUCGAUGAAUGUGAAAACACAAGAAUUUCACUAAUUAAGUGGAAAGUUGUUGUACAUUAUAGAUCAGUUCCCAAGAACUGGAGGGAAAUAGGUGGCAUCUCAUCUAGUGAUGGCUCUUCAUUCAUUGAUAAUGGGAGAACAUUCUACUGCCAGAAGUGGUAUGACAGAGAAAAUGCACGCUUUGAAGACUAUUUGGAAGAGAAGCUUACUGGAGAUACUGACUUCAGGCACUGUAAUGCCUGUAAGCGAGUGGAGCAGAGAAAGGCGUUCACAACUCCAGUGGUUGAUGAAGAGAUUCCCUCCAGUUCAAUGAAUCAGGUACAGUACAGUGUAGUUAGAUGGAGGAACACAGAGUACCGAGUAGGAACCAGUGUGUACCUUCAACCAGGGUCCUUCAAGUUAAGAAAUCUGUGCACUACCUUCUAUGAUAAACCAGAAAAGAGGAAGGUAAAUGACGAUAUUUACACAGAAUUUUAUCGAAAGAUGGAAGAUGGCAUUAAAGGUUCCAAUGAAGACACACCUGAGCCAUUCUGUAUUGGCCUUAUUAUGUGCAUAUUUGUAGAAAACAAUGAGAACUGUGCACAGGAUAUUAAAUUAAGAGUAAAAAUGUUUUACAGGCCAGAAAAUGUAAUGAAUGAAAUAGAAGAUGUCUUAAAAGCAGAUCUUAACCAAUUGUAUUGGUGUGACGAUGAGUGCAUAGUGCCUUUUCAAAAUGUUGUUGGAAAAUGCUGUGUGGUGUACAGUAACAAUUUGACUGUGCCAGUAACGAAGUGGUCAUGUGAAGGACCAGACAGAUUUUACUUCACAGGAACUUUUAAUUCAUUGACAAAGACACUCAGUAGGCCUACACCUCGUGGAGAAGCAUCCCUUCUUGGAAAGCGAAUCAAGGACAGCCAGGGUAGGAUGGAUGCAUGUGAGCUGAAAUACUGGCCAGAUGUUAACAGGAAGUUGAGAACAUUGGAUAUUUUUGCUGGUUGUGGAGGUCUUUCAUAUGGUCUUCAGCAAUCAGGUGUUGCUGACAUAUGCUGGGCAAUAGAAAAAGAUGUGGCUGCUGCAGAAGCCUUCAGCCUUAAUCAUCCACACUGCACUGUUUUAAUGGAUGACUGCAAUUUGUUGCUCCAACUUGUAACAAAUGGAGGCAUAGAAAAUAGUAAACGUCAGCAGCUCCCACAAAAAGGAGAAGUUGACCUGAUAUGUGGAGGACCACCAUGCCAAGGUUUCAGUGGAAUGAAUAGGUAUAGCGAAAAGCUAUACUCACGUUUCCAGAAUUCUCUGGUUGCAACUUUCCUGUCAUAUUGUGAUUAUUACCGGCCAAGAUUUGUUAUCAUGGAGAAUGUUCGCAAUUUUGUAGCAUUUAAGCAGAGUGUGGUUUUAAACUUGACUCUUAGAGCCUUGCUGGAGAUUGGUUACCAGUGUACAUUCACAGUACUUCAAGCAGGGAAUUUUGGUGUGCCACAGAGCAGAAAGAGGUUAAUACUCCUUGCCGCAGCUCCUGGAGAGCUCCUGCCUAGCUUUCCAGAACCGACACAUGCAUUUAGUCAAAGUUUGUGUCAGCUGAACGCGGCAGUAAAUGGACAGACAUACUACUCAAAUUGUAAUCGGAUGUAUUCAGCCCCAAUGCGCACUAUAACAGUGCGCGAUGCUCUUUCUGAUCUUCCAGAAAUACCAAACGGGCAUGAUAAAUGUGAAAUUCAUUACAAGAAAAGACCACUGACACAUUUCCAGCGUUUGGUCCGUGGCAAUGAGAAACAGAAGAUAUUGCGAGAUCACAUCUGCAAGAAGUUGAACCCUCUAAAUGAAGCACGUGUUGCAAAUAUCCCUACAAAUGCAGGAGCUGACUGGAGGGAUUUGCCGAAUAUUGCCAUGUGGCUUUGUGAUGGCUCUUACCUGGAGAAACUCAUAUAUACCAACUACGACCCAAGAAGUGGACAGUUGCGUGGUGUUUGUCCUUGUGCUGAAGGCAAGGAAUGUGAUCCAGCAUACAAGCAGAAUAACACACUUAUCCCUUGGUCCUAUGUUCACACUGCCUAUGACCACAACAAUUGGCGAGGGCGGUUUGGCCGUGUAAACUGGAAUGGUUUCUUCAGCACAAUAACAACAAAUCCAGAUCCAUCAGGAAUACAGGGUCGAGUUCUUCAUCCAAAACAGUCAAGAAUAAUGAGUGUUAGAGAAUUUGCUAGAGUGCAAGGCUUCCCUGAUAGUUUUAUUUUCUGUGGAUCAAUGGCAGAUAAGUACCGCCAGGUUGGAAAUGCUGUCCCACCACCACUGAGUGCUGCUGUCGGCCAUGAAAUAGCAAAAUGCUUGGUAAUUCACACAGCAAGACAGUGCAGCGAAUAAACAAGAAUAUAAUAAAUUUCAUUACUUUUUUGCUUUAGGUGUAACAGUGAUAAUGAAACACUAUGACAUUAAGGAUGACACAAGAUAGACCAGGCAAGGAUUUGCAAAGGAAUUGUCAAUGCACUUUUCAGGUGUAAAAUUGCAGCAUUUAUGUAAACCAUUAAGAAAGGGAGAUGAUGUUACUCAUUUAUAGAAGGUGUGAAUAGUAAGGUGUACUCUCCUUCCUGAUUAUUUCAAAGUUUUUGUUUUGUGUCUUUCAGAACUCUGGUAAAAGCUUUAAUCUCAGAAAUAAAGCUGUGUUCUGAACUUCUGAUAAGAAUUCAAACUCCAUGUGGAAGUUAUUUUAUUAUUUUAUGCUAUGUGCUAGUGGGGUAUUUAGAAUUUUUGUCAUUGCACAUGUCUGAAGAAUCUUUGGUUGCUUAAAACAGUUUUCUCCUUGUGUUCAACACCUGGCAGUAUCACAACAUAUAUUAAAUAAAAUUGUGGUAUUUUUGUCAUCUCAAGUAAUUUCUUUACAACUAUAUGUAAAAUUAUAGGAGAGUACUAAUAGUUUUCUGACAGUGUCAGUUAUGCCAUUUUGAUAUCUCAUAUAAUUUGAUUAGCAAUGUAUGUAAAAUUGUAGCAUAGCACUAAUAGUUUACUGACAUUAUCAGUUAAGUCUUUUUGAUAUCUCAUGUAAUUUGGUUAACACUAUUUGUAAAAUUAUAGGACAGUGAGUAGUUUACUGACACUGUCAGUUAAGUCACUGCAGGACUUCUAUUAC